GUGCUUCCUAGACACGUAUAAUUCGCUUGAAUUCCACCAAAUAUAUUGCAAAAAUUAAAGAAUUAGGUUAAAAUCAUCAAGAAUCAAGGAUGCUUCCCAUCCUUACAUAUGUGGGUUAUCAGCUGACUGGUUGGGGGGGCGGGUAUGUUCAUUGUGCGCGUUUAACGCGCGCUUUUUGCGCACAUCACCUUUAUGUGAUUCCGGCUAGAUGCUAAGGUAGCUUCAGCGUUGGCUUCACAGACUGCUAAUCCACAAUAGACCGGAGGUAUUGCUGCCUUCAACGCCUCAAAACCGGCGGUCUAUUAAUCCAAAGGGGACAGUGCCAUCGGCCUGUGACGGCGCGUUGUUAAGCACCAAACUUUGCUAUGGGCAAAAAGUCUCGUGAAGAGGCGUCCUCAUCUUCUGACGAGGAAGAGUAUGUUGUGGAAAAGGUGCUGGACAGAAGGGUGGUGAAAGGCAGGGUGGAAUUCUACCUGAAGUGGAAAGGAUAUUCAGAUAAGCACAAUACUUGGGAGCCAGAGAAGAAUUUGGACUGUCCCGAACUUAUCGCCGAAUUCAUGAAGACCUACAAGAAAAGUAGCAGUGGAAGCGCCACACCUAGCAGCGGGGGCAGCAAAUCAAACACAACUCCAUCUGGACGCUCCAAAGACUCAAGUAGCUCAAAGAAAAGAAGCUCAGAUGAUGACGAGGAGGGUGGAAGUAAGCCCAAAAAGAAGAAGGAGGAUGAGAUUCUAGUUGCACGUGGGUUUGAGCGAGGACUGGAGCCAGAGAAGAUCAUUGGAGCAACCGACUCCUGUGGAGACCUGAUGUUUCUUAUGAAAUGGAAAGACUCUGAUGAGGCAGACCUUGUGCUCGCUAAGGAGGCCAAUCAUAAGUGCCCACAGAUCGUCAUAGCCUUCUACGAGGAGCGUCUCACCUGGCACGAGGACAGUGACAAGAAGGAGAAGGAUGCUGUGAGUGCGUGAGUGAAUAACUCAGGAGGAAACCUCCACUGCAGGGAAAACCUUGAGUCAGACUUUUUUUUUUUUCACACCCAAAACUCUCAUCCAUCACCUUUACCAUGUCCAACGAUGAAACACAAACGGCGGACCCGGUUGUUGUGUUGUCUCCAUCCAUACCUCUCUUUGGAGCACAAUGACCCAGACUGCUGAGAAGGAUCUAUCAGUUAGAGAAGGUGCUGUAGGGGACAUGAGUGAUAUGCUACUGGGGAAAGUUUUUACUGUUUUUUGUCUUUGUAUUCUUUACCUUUUUUUUUUAAUCUUAACACAUGUUUUAGUGGUUACAUGAUACUGUUAUAUCUGAAAGGAAUUUGCAAACACGAGCGAAGGUGGCCACCUAUUAGAAAUGGAAGUGUUGCAAGUCAGAUUUGAUAUAAAAUCUGUCAGCACAUAUUGGUGAGGGCACAAGACCCCUCCAAAAGUCAUUAUAAAAGUACAAACAAAGGCCUCAGUAUUGGCAUAAUAUUACUGUAGGAGAGAUUAUAGGAAAAGCUUUUUCUGUUUUUUUUUGUUUUUUUUAUUAAUUAUGAAUAAAAUUGGAACUCUUACAAUGGACAAAGGAGAGCUAUGUCUUCAUUGUGCAGUGAUAUCCUUGUUUGUUUUAGUCAGAUUUAAUCAUGGAUGUGAUGUUUUUAGAUUUCUUUCCACCAUCACUUGUUAAUGGAAAGAACAAUAAACCCACUCAGCCCAGCUUUGUACUUCCUGGUUUUUAACUGCAGUGUUACUUUAUGGAUUGUAUUCUUCUCAUGGGUUUGACAAUCUUCACUGUGUCCACAUGAGAUCAAGCCAGCAGUCAUUGGGGUCUGCCACCUUGUGGUAAAAGCAGCAAAAGUCAGUGCACCGGCGUGACCGUCGCUAUUGCUCAUCAGUCUGCGUUUCAUAGCUUUUGAUCCCGCUUCAGAGUCCACUAACCUUUUUUGUUUUUGCUUUUUCCCGCAAAAAGAAGUUGAGCUGGAAAAUGUGCUUUCAGGCCAUAGUGUUUGUUGAAGAUUUAAAAUGUCAAAACCAUUUUCCGAUUGGACUAGUCACAUUAUCCACUGGGACCUGAGAAGCGGUUAGUUUUUACACAUGAGAUCAUGAUAGUUUUGUAGUCGGAUCAGUUGUGCUCCAGCAUGGAAUCUUUGGACCAAAUGUUCAUUGUCGGAAAACUGAAUUUGUAUUCAUCUUUGGGAGCCUCUAUGAAUUGAGGCUAUAAUCUUUUUCUCCUUUGAUACACAGUCCAUAAAAUGUGUUUUCAUGAUAUCACUUGAUUUGAAUUUUGGUGUCAUUUUCUCUGAUUAAAGAUACUUUGUCUCCUUUGCCAGUGCCCAGUUUUUAAAAAGUAGGUUAUUUCUCGUGUGAAAGAAAUGUUGCAAGUUUGUGUACAAUAGUACCCUUUAAUAAACAUUUUCAAUGUUACAGUUACUUUAAGGUGGUCGUUUUUAUUUUUCCCACAAAGGUUGAGAUGACUAAAGAAGAUCCUAGCAGGAAAGAGAAUUGUG